AUGUAUCGCACUCAGUGGAAUGUGUUCGCGAAAGGUGAUCUUAGGGAGCUUAUCCCUACUCCAACAACUCCAGAUGGCCACGAAACAAAUAAAGGUGCAGUUCUCCGUGGUAUUGUCUUGGACUGUCGCAGUGGUCAGGAUGCAGAAGUAAAAGUAUAUGAGUGCUACUGUUUCCAGACGCGGCAGUUAAUGGUAAUAAAAACUAGUCGGGGGUUAUGUAAAAGCUGGGAGAUCACGUUUUCAAUUAAGUCUAGAGAUGAUAAUGGUAUAUGUGAUGUCAACAUCGAAAAAGUCUCUGAGAACUCGCCGAUGGAGACGAAAGGAGAAGUUGUCUUGGGCCGGGAUGGGGCCGUCAGAAUCAGAACGUAUGUAGGUGCCAGUGAAUGCCCACAACACGAAAGUUACGAUGAAAAAAUCCUAUGGUCAGAUAAAUUUCAAAGAGUACGCAGGGGCCAAGACGAUGGACCUCUUGAAAAAUCAGCGAUAUAUUCAACUUAUGUUGAGAGGGACACUUCGAAGGAAGCCAUUGCGAAAGGGGUUGCGUUCCGGAUAAGUGACCUUCUUAAGAAAGUUAUCGAUGAGGAUACGAUUAAGCGUUGUCAGGAUCAGAUGUUGGCAGACCAGGAUAUCUUGAACGCGGAGGCCAACUCCAGUACCGAUGCGUUUGGAAAUGUUGAACAGCCUGUUCGGGAAUUGCUGACCGCUACGUUGUUGAUGAAUAAACUUGAAAUCAAAGAUAAAGGCAGGCUCUGUAAAAGCUGGAGGGUGACAUUUACAAUAAAGAACACGAACUCUGAUGGAGUGUAUGACGUGAACAUCGCGAAGAAAGAUGGAAACCCUCCUGAUGCCGAAAAAGGGGACAUUUUCCUUAGCAGAGAUGGAUUCGUUAUAAUGAAAACCUAUGUUGGUGCCUCUAUGUGUAUUCAUCAUGAAAGCCAUGAAGGAAUUGUUCUCUGGUCGGAUAAGUUUGGAAGAGUACUGUAUGCAAACGAGGAGAAGCUUGCAACAACUACCAUAUAUUCGACUUACGUCCGAAGAGAUGGUUCGAGGUUGGCUGCUUCCUAUGCCGUAGAAUUCCGAAUUUGUGAAACUUUGAAGCCGGUCGCUGAUAAGGAUGUAGUUCAACGCUGCCAAAUUCAGCUCUUUGAAGACCAGAACCUAAUGCUUUGCAUUCGUGCCGAUAAAAUCAAAACCAAAGCAUGGAAUGCGGAAUAUGGAUGUAUUCUAGUUGAAGAGACCUCCCGUGAAACUGAAUCAGGACUAUUUUUCUAUGUUAAAAGAGUUGAUGAACCAGCUGAUCCCUUAGCGUACACCUAUUGGGUACGUGAUAUCCUUCAGAUUGAAUUGCAACUUGAUAUAAGUCUCGUUGAAAAAUUGGCCAACGGCAUGGUGAUAGCGGAAAAUCCAUAUGUGGGAAAGAUCGAGAUGGAGCAGGAAGCAUAUGACAUGAUUUCUUCACAAAGGAUGGUUGGUACCUUACGUUUCAACGAUUUCAACAAAGAAGUGCCCUGGACUUUUGUAGAGAUCAUUCGGACUUUGGAACCCCGUGAAGACUUCCCCAUAUCGAGCCCCGAAUGUCGAGUCAGUGAUCACGUGAGAACAAGGGCUAAGAACGAGAGUAGACGGCCUCCUUCAAGCAGAAGUGAUAGAUAUCGUCCUCACCCGAACGCGAGUGCUCAGUAUCGACCUCAAUCAAGUGGAACAGAGCCGAUGAGUACCGGCCGCAUUCAAAUAGAAAUUAUCAGGACCGGCCUCAGUCAAGCAGAGCGGAUCAUUACCGGCCUCUUUCAAAUGGAAAUUAUCAAAGCCGGCCUCAAUCAAACCUUACUGAUGAGUACCGGCCUCAAUCGAGCAGAGCGGAUCAGUACUGGCCUCAUUCGAAUGGAAGUUAUCAGUACCGGCCUCAUUCAAAUGGGAGUUAUCCGGGCCAGCCGCAUUCGACCGCAUCUGAUCAGUACCGUACUCAAUCAAGCAGAGCGGAUCAGUACCGGCCGUAUUCAAGUGGAAGUGAUCGGAGCCGACCUCAUUCAACCGUAUCUGAUCAGCAAUGGCCUCAGUCAAGCAGUACUACCGUAA